AUGUCGACUCCAACAGAAACGAACAAAACCACGGCAGAGUCCGGCGCCGAAUCACCUACGACUGCCAGACCGCUGGAGAUGGACGACGACGAUCUGCAAGACACCAGCGUGGUCGCUGACGAUGGCGCAGGCGCCAGAACCGGUAUUGCUACCAGACCGGCCACUUCAACAACACCCGCAACCACAAACCCUGGUGGCGAGCCAAAAGCACAAGUCUCAUCAACAGAGGCCGCUCCACCAAAGCCUCCUCGACCCGUGACUGAAGAUCAGAAGAACGAAAUGAUCUUGAAAGAAGCGUUUCCAACAGUAGAUGGCAAUGUCAUCAAAGCUGUCCUGAGAGCUAGUGGAGGCAAGGUUGAGCCAGCGUUCAAUGCACUCCUGGAAAUGACCGAUCCCGAUGCCGUCAAGAACGAGCCCGAAGAAGUACCACCACCCCAACCCCCUCGUCCUGAAGGCCGAGCUCAGAUGUCCCAAGUUGAGGCAGAUGAGCUCUAUGCCCGUCAGUUAGCUGAGCAUUAUGACAAUGUUGGUGCAUACGAAGCUCGUGUCUCGAACCGUACCCGAAACGCUGGACAACCUCAGGGCUGGGAAGGCGAUGAAAGAGAGCACAGCUUUAUUGACGACGAUUUGCCUGUGAUCAGGGAGAACUUGCGCAAGGGGUUUCUGGACACGCAAACCAAGGUCAAUGGCUGGAUCACAGGCCUGCGAAAGAAGAUUGAAGAUAGUUUCGAUGAGAGUGAGGAGAACAACCAGGGACACGGCCAGCCUUCCCGUCGUCAGGGCGAGGCGAGUCGCCGAAGUGGUGAUUACGAUCGCUAUGACGCGGAUCCCCAAGUGCUCAGCGACGACUUUGCAGGAAUCCGAUUGUCCGCUGAUGGAUCUGCUGCGCCAGGUAGACCAAUGGUUGACUCUGGUAUUCACCGACCGCCUCCGCCAUCGAGCUCCCCGAGACCUGGUAAUGGAAGAAGGGUAGGAUUCAAGGAGGAAACCGAGGAGAUUAACAUGUACGAUGUUUCGCCUAUAGUCCCCCCAAAGGACACACCUCAAAGCUCAAGCACCAAGGCUAGCAAAUGGCAACCUCUGUCUACGGUCGAGCCGAGCCCAAUCACGGACAAUGAUCCGUUUAGCCUCGGUGACAGCGAAGACGAAAAGGAGCCAAGCAAGGAUAAACCUAAGGAUUCCAAGCCAGAGGAUCACGAACGUCUCAAGAAGGCUGCAGCCGAAGCCAUGGCCGACAGCUUGGUAGAGUCCAAGGACGGUACCUCGGCAGACAAAAAGGCAUAG